CAUUCACAUACUGUUUACAAAAUUAGCUCAUGUUCAAUUCAACUGAUGUAUCGUUCAACUCGCUGCUUUAUAGAUUUUUGCACUUCGUGUUCUAUCCCAGUAAUCCGUCGAGCAAUUUUUUAAUUCAGCUUUUCGUCAUGGGAACUAUCACUAACGAUAACGGUGACGAGUUGACCGCAAUCUUCUUUAUAUCAGCUCUAUAUAACUGUAUAGCAGCUUCCCACACUACAGGUCGAUAUAGGGUGCCAGCGACGGCGCCUUCUUUCACAAUCGAUAAGGACUUGACUCGUUCCCGACGAAGCUUCAUCUCUUUCGUACAUUAGUCGUGUUUCUUGAUUGCUGCUGUCAAAUACACGAAUCACUCGUAGUUUAUUAUCGCAACGAUUUUUUUUUCGGACUUCACAAAUUUACGAACGAAGCAUGGCUCAAAUCGUUUCUGAAAGACCAGCUGAUGAAAAAAGUUAUAUUUUGGAUGCAAGAAAAAAUUAUGAAGACGGUGGCAGCCUUGGUACAGAUGACUCUUACGACGACAUGAGACAGCUUGUCAGGGAGGAUGAAAACGAAUCGGGAAAAUUCACGAGUCUGCCCCUGGCGAGUUUUAAUUUCAUCAACUCUAUCAUCGGAAGUGGAGUAAUCGGUAUACCGUACGCGUUGCAUCAAUCUGGAUUUGGUCUUGGAAUCAUGCUAUUGAUAUUAGUCGCUAUCCUGACUGAUUAUUCAUUGAUUCUGAUGGUCCGAAGUGGGCAUCUGUGCGGUGAGAUGAGCUACCAAGGAUUGAUGCGAGCCAGUUUUGGACGUCCAGGAUUUUAUAUACUUACAGCACUGCAAUUCAUCUAUCCGUUCAUAGCCAUGGUAUCUUACAAUGUUGUUGUCGGGGACACUGUGACCAAAGUUAUAAUCAGACUGACCGGAAUGGAAGAGGAUAGCAUAUUGGGCCAACGGCAAGUAGUUGUACUUCUAGCAACGCUAUGCAUCACAAUACCGCUGUGUCUGUACAGAAAUGUGGCACGUCUCGCUAAAAUUUCUUUCCUCUCGUUGGUUUGCGUUGGUUUUAUUCUUGUGGCAAUAUUCAUCAGGAUGGGUAGCAUGUCAUCGGUGGUGCCUAAACACGUGGACAGUUGGAGAUUCGCCAACUUACCAGGAAUCAUACCGUCGGUUGGUAUAAUGGCUUUCGCCUUCAUGUGCCAUCACAACACCUUUUUGAUCUACGGUUCGAUCGAGCGAGUGACCCAAGAGAAAUGGGACAUAGUUACUCACUGGUCCCUUCUGACAUCUUUUUUGGUAGCAGCAGCUUUUGGUGUCGCCGGUUACGCUACGUUUACCGCUUAUGUACAAGGCGAUCUUAUGGAAAAUUAUUGCUGGGACGAUGACCUCAUGAAUAUUUCGAGAAUAAUGUUCAGCGGAACGAUACUUCUCACCUUUCCGAUCGAGUGUUUUGUCACCAGGGAAGUUAUCAUGACUGCAAUCAAGGGAACUCCGGAUGGUCAAAGCGCCGGUGACAAUCAUGACAUUUAUAUCCCGGAGUCGGAUCGUCGGUACCUCGUGAUCACGAUGGCGAUAAUAGUUACUGCUUAUCUGAUAUCGAUGUCGACCGACUGCCUCGGUGUCGUCCUCGAGCUCAAUGGCAUACUGGCUGCUGUUCCUUUGGCUUACAUUCUACCAGCUCUUUGCUAUUUGAAACUCGAAGAGGGAAGCAUCUGGUCGGUAAGAAAACUCCCAGCUCUUGGUCUACUGCUGGCAGGUGUUCUCGCAGCCCUGUCUGGUCUCUUUCUAGUCAUAUUCAACAACGAUACCGCACAGUCUUGUGUGCACGGUAAAAUAAUGUCAUACUGCAUGGAAAACUCGACGACAACUCCUCCUACCUUAGAUUCCUCCACCGUUAGAGAACCACUUGGAAAAAUAAUCGACGAUGCAACGACAACACUUGCGAGCUUUAUAAAAACCCCUUCGACCACUGUUACGAAUUAUUAUACAACUAGCACCGAAACUAUAUCUAGUAAAUCUCAAAUUAUUUCGAAAUUGAUAGCCAAUUGAUGAAUCCAUUGCCCACUUUUGGUGAAUAUACGCGCAUGUGUGCGUCUGUACUAAUUCACAUUUAUAUAGUUUUGUGUGUAGCACAGCAUUCACUCAACACUUACGCACACACCAAAGAAAUCGGUUAUAUUCCGUUUGCCUCUUCCUCGGUGGUGUUCGAAUUUCAAAUCGUCUCUUUACAUUCCAACACUUUUAGUUUCACUCUUCUAUGCUUUUUUUUUAUUAGCAAGAUGAGAAUAUUAACUGCUUUUACCCUUUAAGCCGAUUUAUCAGGUUUUUGGCUUCAAACGCUCUCUCGAAUGGUCUUUUUUAACUCCGAUCGAUGACGGUCCGAUCAUUUUUACUGUUAUUCUGGCACAAUAGAUGAAUUCAAGUUUUUACAUAUUAUUAGAAUUAACGAGCGAAACGAUGAGGAGAGGCUCGUUAUGCGACUAUUUUAUCCUAUACUUUCGUACUAGCACGUAGUUUUUAUUUCAUUCUGAAGCCUUCUAAAGGAUGAACGAUCUCCGAGGCGCUUCUAAGAAUUUUGUUAUUUAGUCGUAGUUUAUCUUUUAUUAGACAAAUUUUAUGUUUUCUAUUUAUUCACAUGUGAACUGGAGUCAUAUUUUUUGGACAUUAUUUACACAUACUUUGGACGUUUUUAGACGAGUAUGGGAGUGAAGAGAAAUUGGCAUCAUAUAUUUUAUAGGUAAACACGAGCAUUCUGCUACGGUCGAUAUUUUUUCAGCGAAUCUUUAUGGCAUCGAUCGAUGCAUUUACAGCUGAUUUCUAUAUGUGUGUGCGCGCGUGUCUGUGUGUACGUGCGUUAAGUAAUGUAAGUAAAAGCGAAUACUAAACUUUCGUCUGUGGCUGGGGCUACGAAACGCGUUCCGUAGCCGCAGCGUGCGUUUAGCAAGUUUUCUCACCGGCCACAUAUGACACUAACGGUUACUAAAAAUGAAAGAAAAAACCGUUACGCAUAUGCCAGAGAGGUUUUAUUUCCACUAUUUGUUUCAACCUCUCAGGCGGCGCGCAAUACUUUCGCAACUGAAAUCAAAUCUUGCAAUCAAGGCUCUAUAUUUAAAAAAAUGUUAUAGUGGUGCCACCACAUUAUCUUAAUAUAUACGCGACACAUAGUACCUUUUGCAUUCAAUUGUCAUUGAUUUCUUCUUAGAGCGAUGCUCAUAAAGUCUGAAAUUACAUAUGUAAGAAGUGGCAGCUAUUUUUGAAAUAAUCGAAUGAAAGUAGCUCAGCGACAAUAUCCUGGAGGGCUCUCGUUAACUGAUUUUUUGGUGUAAUAUUGAAACUGGCUUUUGAAUGCAUCGGAUUCAGCUUCGUUGUCAAAUUUUUUGCUCGCAGUGGAACAAAACCGAAAGUAAUGCAAUAAGAAUGAAAGAUUAGUUAAGUAGAAAAAACGUUUCUAGAAGUGAAAAGUAUUGAACUAUCUUUCGAGUAAUUUACAUGUAUUUUAUUAUGUGUAAGAUGUAAAUAUUUGAGAUUUAUGAAUUUCGCGCAUUUUUGACUGAAACUGUACCUCCGAUGCAUCAUUUAAUAAUUCUGCAGCGAUUGGAAAUUUUGUUGCAAACACGAAGCUCUCGUGAGUUGAUAUAAUUUCAAUUCGCUUCAAGAUACGCUUUAUUUGGAGCAAAAAUGGACAAAUCAUGAUUAGCAAUAAACUAUUUUGUGAAUGACUCGAUAAAAACGACGUAGUGAUUAACUUUCGAGAAAAAAUAGUAAUUCAAAUUUGGAAUUCAAUUUCAUGCUGUAAAGUUUGUUGGGAAAAUAAGCUCGGCAAAAAUCCUGCAAAUAAAAGCAUUAGAGCAUGAGUCUUGAAAAUUGGCAUUUUUUUCUGAUACUCGAAUAACACUGGAACAGCAUAGAAUAAUGAAGAAAAAACUGCUUCUCUCCAGCAUGUACUUUCAGAUCUUACAAAAGCAAUCAUCGCAAAAAGAGAUCCUUGGCAAUUGUGCUUGCAAGCAGGUGCCUUAUAAUUUGGAUAUACAAAUGUGGAUUGAACGCUUUAAAAUACAGCGAUCCUCUUCAAUGAAUUUCUUGAUCAAAACAUCCGUAUGUACUACUUUAAUGACGUGGUAGUCGGAAUAAUGGAUAAACAAUGAAAGUGCAACAAUCUACUAUAAAUAUAUAUGUAUUUAAUGCUUCCACAGUGGAUGGUCACAGUUCCUGUGAGAUCAGAUUGCCAAAAAAAUACAAAAGUAUACAAAUGGUCUUCUCCAUACUACUGUACAUAUAUAUAAUACUAUAUUUGACUGUGAUGAAUUCUCGAUUUUUUCUUUCCAAACCCAUUAAUUUGUUUUUUAUUAUUCAUUACCGCUAACGACCGUUAUACCGGUGGCGACCGUACGAAAUUGAUGAAACUAGACGCAUGCGCAUAGACGGGUCUAUAUUUUCUGACUAUUUGUGAGUGACGCGCGCGCGUAUGGUGGUGUAAUACACGUGGAAAAGAGCAGUCGAGAAAUGAUUGAAUUUCAUGUUAUAUAAGUAUAUUAUAAAUUCCAGUGUACACGUGUAUGAACAACAAUAAAAAUGAAAUCUCAUUACAGCAGAA